UUUUCUCUCUUUCUUCCUUUAUCUUUUUGGCUUUUCUCAUCAAUUUAGAAUAGUAUAAUUAUUUCAAUCAUCCUUUUUUUCAGAAAAGACAUAACUAACCUCUCUCUGCUUGUUCUUUCUCCCUACUUGUACUUUACUUUCUUUCGCUAAAAAUCUCUCUCAACGCAAAUACUUUUGAACAUAUAUUUUUCAAUCUGGGACAUUAUAAAUAUUUUUCCCGUUGAAAUGGGUUCCGUAGUUUCAGUCCAUAAAGAUCAAGAAACAUCAAGAAUCAUGAAAUACCAAUUACCAGAGAAUUCUUCUGAAGCCAAUGAUAAGAAUCUGUUAAUUUCAUCAUCAGCCUUGGAUUUCAAGUCUCGGAACUUCGGCAGUAAAGAAGAGAAUUUCUUUGAUUCUCAAGCUUGGUUAGAAUCAGAUUGUGAUGAUGAUUUCCGCAGUGUCAAUGGAGAGUUUACACCAUCUCGCAACAGCGCUUCUGACCCUCAGAGCAAUUCUAUUGGAACUAAGGAACUCAGCGCUGAAUCAUCCCCAACUGACAGGAAAAAGAGACUGUCUGAACUACUAAAAGAGAAUCUUGGGGGUGAUGUCGAUGUUUCUAGAUUAGAUAAACAAAAUACUUCCGACGGCAAGGUAGAGUCUGCACAAGCCAAUCUUGAACAUAUCGCUACUCCAAGAACUCCCAGGAGAUCUCCCUACAUGUUUGGACUAAAUUCUUUAUGCAGUAGCGAAAAAAGUCCUAGACAUCCCAAACCCGAGAGAGAGAAAUCCGCUGCCAGUUCUGUACAAUGUUGUCUGCCAAGUUAUUUGAUGACUAGCCGUAGCUUUAACGAAAGAAAAAAGAGGUUGAGCCCUGAAAGAAAUGGUCUAGCCGCGUAGUGUAACCGUGUAUUCUUGGUGUGAAGUUUUGUGUGUAAGAUAAACGGAUAGUAUACAAGUCUUAAUUCUGUAACAAAGAAAGUGGAGAAAGGUAUAAACUGGAAGAUGCAUAAUGAUACACUACACUACAGAAACUGGGAGCAUUAUAUUUAAGAUCUAUGUAUAUACAUGUGUGGUUUAUGUGAACAUCUAAUUACAUAUGUGACAGGUUUUUCA